AUGGAGGAUGCCGUACGGCCUAGUGAUGACCUCGAGCAGCAAGUGUUGAUGACUGGCAAAGUUCCCGCAUAUCUCGGUCAUGGCAGCAGGAAGACUCCAGCUUCAUUUACUCUCCGCAGGAGAAGUCUGUGGAGAAGCACCUUAUCUGAGCUCCUUGUUAGCCGAUGCUCGCAAUGGGACUCCUUGGGAGAUAUCUGCAAGCUUCCUCCAAGACUGCUGCAUCAUCAGCUCCUGCUUGGAGUCUAA